AUGUCAUUCGACCCAGAGGUAUGUGAGACGGACCUCUUCGAGGCUACUGAUUUCACACGAGGUGCAGAGUACGAAAUCGGAUGGUCUCGAUCGACUGGCCGUGUCAAGCAAAUCUUUAUGGAGAAUGAAUUUGGCCAUAAAUGCGACGUCUGUGAUCGCCUCUGGUUCCUCCGUGAUCUGAAAACGGUCACCUCCUCGAUGGCGAGUUUCCUAUCGACUCACUUCCCGGAGGACGAUACCACGCGAUUUCGGCUCUGUUCCUCAUGUUACAGCACAUCUCGGCGCGAUAAAGUUCCGCCGAUGAGCAUGACGAAUGGCUAUAGGUAUCCACCCAAACCAUCGGGCUUGCCUAAGCUAGACCCCAUAAGCGAGCGACUUGUCUCCCCAAGAAUUCCUUACAUGCAAAUACGCCGUUUGCGUCGUGACGGUUGUCACGGUAUUGUCGGUCAAGUCAUUAAUGUCCCAGUUGAUGUCAACACGAUGGUACAGAGUUCACCGCGAUCAUUGGACGACUAUAACUCUUUCAACGUCAAUCUAAAAAAAAGCAUCAUCGUAAAAUGCUCUUAUCUGAGCGGCUCCGUCAAAAAGUCAACCGUGAAAGCCUGGCUGGUGAGAUAUCAAGUGAAAUCACCGAUGAAUUGA